AUGAGCAUUAGCUUAGAAAAGAAAAUUUUCGCUAAAGAGAUUGGAGCCACGGAGAAGUCGAAGAAGGUUUUUCCCGUAGCCGACGACUUUCUAAGGCUGGCCAGAUUUUUCUUUCACUCUAUGGGUGUGGAUCCCUACGAAUCGGACCAGAAGACGGGCCUGGCAUUUCAAUUGUACCUUGUGUUCCACGUAAUCAAUCUGUUCUUUAUUUGGUUCUCAAUGAUGGUGUUUGUGACGAGCUCCGUGGGACCCAAUGCGGAUUUCCUCCAUAAUUCCAUGGUCGUUGGCUAUAUCACUUUCGGCAAUGUUGGUGUCUUAAAGAUAACCGUGGUUCAGCUGCAAAAGGGAAAGUUGAGCAGCCUGGUGCGGCACAUGAAUUCGUUAUUUCCACCGCCAGUUGCCAAGGAGCAGAAGCAAUAUGCUGUGGGUCACUAUAUGAAAUUCUGCAACCGGAUCUCGAAAGGUUUUGCAUUUCUUAUGAUCACUAUGGUUAUUACGAACAGUCUUUCCCCCAUCACACAAUACGCAAUCCAAAGAUUUUGGCUCCAUUCGCCGAAUGCCGAACUGGCUUUGCCCUAUGUGUCCUUUGCCCCUUGGAACUGGCGCGAAAGUUGGAAAUUCUGGCCGACCUAUCUGCUUCAGUCCAUAGCAGCUUAUACCUGCACUUGCGGCUAUAUAUCCGCCGAUCUCAUGAUGUUCGCCGUGGUCAUUCAGGUCAUCAUGCAUUUCGAUAGAUUGGCCACGGCUCUCAGGGAAUUCAACGUUCGAAACAAUCGCGAUGCCAGUGGAGCUCAGGAGGAUUUAAAGGACUUAAGAUCUCUAAUCGCUUACCAUAUCCAAGUACUCGAAACCACGGACCUUAUGAACAAAGUCUUUGGGGUGGUAUUGCUCCUGAACUUUAUCAACUCCUCGCUGCUCGUUUGCAAUGUGGGAUUUCAGCUGACCGUUGGUUUCAAUUUGCCGUAUUUCGGAAGACAGGUGCUAAUCAUACUCUCCGCUCUGGUGGAGAUCUACCUCAUCUGUUUCCUGAGCCAGAUGCUGAUCAAUGCGGUCUGUUCUGUGUUCUUCAUACUGCUUUCACAGGGAUUCAUACCGAAAUUAUAUUUGCAGAGUAAUAACGUUAGCUUUGCUGUCUACGAUAUGAACUGGAUAGAGUGCGAUCCUCGAUUCCGGAAAAUGUUACUCUUUAUAGCUAUGCGGUCCCAGAAACCCGUCUGUCUACAUGCCACUGUAUUUCUGGACAUAUCCAUGGAGACCAUGACCAGUUUCAUACAAGUGUCGUACAAGUUCUUCUGCGCCAUUCGCAUGAUGUAUCAGUAG